AUGCAUUUUGAAAUGAAACUGCUUACCGAGUUUUUGUGCCUUUUGGCGGUUUUUCUCUCAACAGUUGAGAGUGCAGAAAAACGAAAGGCUUUUUGUUAUCUAGCCUACGAAUUUGGUAAAUGCGGAGGUCAUCGCGUUAUGUGGGCUUUUUCGAUUAAAGAACUAGAGUGCGUUCCAUUCGUUUUCUCCAAUUGUGGCGGCAAUGAAAAUCGCUUCCAUACCAAGGAAAACUGCGAGAAAGCUUGCGCACCAAUUCAAUCUCGAUUUGUUCUCGCUUAUUAAUAUACAGAUACAGAUUUUUUGUUACCAAAACUCAAGGCAAAUGCCCUACUUUACCCUAAAUUUGAUUAAAGCUCAUUGUGACCAAAAAAAAUGCAAUGAAAA